AUGGCGACCACAGCGACCAGGCAAAUAAAGUCAUCCAACUCAGCGAACAUUCUGAUGUGCAAGCAAUGGUGGAAGGUGUGCUGGAUGUACGGAGACCAGGAGAAGUACUACAGGCAGCUGUACGGGAGACGGAAGGUACACCCGACCACAUACUACGACGACACGAGGAGCGAGGGGGCGAGGGCCACGGAGCUCAGCGAGGAGUUCUUUGAAGAAUACAGCAACCAGGACCCGGCUCAAGACGAGACGUGCCAGGAUAAAAGAUGGUUCGGAGUGGAGUCUGAACCGAUAUAUGGCUUUAAUAGAACCUGGACCAGAGACCAAAGACGACGACCGAUACAGAACUACGACCAGGACGAACUGGAGGGUGAUGCAGGGAGAGGAGACACGAAUACACCUGGCAGAAGAAAAGAUAUACACAGUGAUACGAAGACUACUGAUAGGAGAACUGGGAGAACAAGGAAGAGUGAGACUGAGUUACCACAUGAUGGAAAGACCUUCCCCACGAAGAUACAAAGACCUGUCAAACCAGCGAGGAAAGUGGAGAAAGACAUCCUGCAGCCGCUACAAGAAGAAGAGAGAGAGAAGAGGAAGAGUCCGCAGACUGAGAGGUGUUGUAAUGAGUGA